UUGUCACAAAUGUCCAACGGCGUAUACCUUCAUGAUUUACGGUUUUUAACGUUACAUCUACGAAGCCAAAUAGUUUGUCAUUCAUCUUGCAAAUAAAUUAGUAGAGCUUAGCGGGACUAAACUGAGGCAAGUCCAAACUUUCAGGGCUUUCAGCAAACUUCAACCAGAGUCAGUUAUUGACAGAUUGAAAGUAUGGAAAUCCCGUCGUUUCAAGAUCUAGUCGGACAGAUUAAAGUUAACUUCCGCUACACGGGGAUGGCCUACGACCGGCCUCAACACAGCAUUAUAUUCUACAUUCCAUUUAUAGUGAUCACCGGAGUGGUUAUCGAGGAAACAGCGUUUUUUGUCAGUAGAAUGUCGUCAGAAAAUUUCCUUGAACUAACCGAGCUCGCUCCCUGCCUCGCGAUGGGGCUUUUAUCUCAACUGAAAAUCCUCCCGAUUUUCCUAAAGAAAGAAAAAGUCUACAAGUUGACCGAAGCCCUGGAAAUCCUUUACAAUUCCAUUCGAAAUGAUCCAGCCCAAGUUGUCUACGUGAAAAACGACGUAGUUCAAAUUAGAAUAUUAAUCAAAUAUUACUUUAUUUUAAAUGUGAUACUAAUCGUUUGCUACAACUUUUGGCCGCUGUUGAUUAUGUUGUAUAACUACGCUGUGAAUAGGGAGAUACAGUUCCUCGUGCCGUAUGCUAUCCUGGUGCCAUUUUCUUAUGACAGUCUCUAUACAUGGUUUCCAGUGUUUUUCCAUCUUAUAAGUGGCGGUUUCAUUUGUGUUCUUUACUUCACAACAGUGGAUGCUCUGUAUUUUUUCUUGACAUCACAAGUGUGCAUCCAAUUUUUAGUACUGAGUAACGAGCUUGAAAAAUUGCAAAAUAAUGAACAGUCUAAGCUUAAGGAUAUUGUCAAAAAGCAUCAAUACAUUUUAAGCUUGUCAGAUGAUUUGGAAGAUAUUUUCUCUUUGCCGAACUUUUUCAACGUGAUAGUUGGAUCUACGCUCAUCUGUGCUUUAGGGUUCAAUCUAACAACAGGCGAGUUGGCCAAAAUGCCCAAGUUUCUUUUGUUCCUCUCUUCGGUACUCCUUCAAAUAUUAAUGAUGAGUGUUUUUGGAGAACAUCUUAUCCAGGAGAGUGGCAGAAUCGCGGACGCAGUGUACCUGUGCAGAUGGUAUGAGAUGGACCAGAGCACUAAGAACUCCAUUUUGAUCAUAAUGAGAAGAGCUCGUCGAGCACAAAAGAUGACGGCUUACAGAUUUUCUGUCAUAUCAUAUGGAAGUUUUACAAAGAUUAUUAGCACUUCGUGGUCGUAUUUCACCAUAUUGAGGACGGUCUACAAACCGGAUAUCAAUUAAUAUUCAAUAGAAUCUUGAAAGU